AUUGUCAUGCAAAGGACCCGCCGCCUCGUCCCUUGUUUCCCCGUGCGCCGCCAACUAUAUCACCCGUCCGCCCCGUCGGUGCGCCUCCAGAGCGCAACGAGGCACCUGCAGCCGCCGCUGCCGCCGUCCAAGCCGAGGGGGCCCCCUCUUUCUCCCUCUCCCUCUCUCUUUCUCUCACCCCGGGCCUGCCGGCCACCUUGCAGAUCUCCAGAUCCCGGGCCCGGCUCCCCAUGUACAAGAUGGAUUACUCCUACCUGAACUCGUACGACUCUUGCAUGGCGGCCAUGGAGGCGUCGGCGUACGCGGACUUCAACUCCUGCAGCCAAGCCAACACCUUCCAGUACAACCCAAUCCGCAGCAGCUUCGCCGCCAGCCCGGCCUGCCCGCCGCUCAGCACCGCCAACUGCACCCUGGGCGCCCUCCGAGACCACCAGCCCUCGCCCUACGCCACAGUUCCCUACAAGUUCUUCUCGGACCCUUCCACCAUCAACGAGAAGCGGAAGCAGCGCAGGAUUCGCACCACGUUCACCAGCUCGCAGCUGAAGGAGCUGGAGAGAGUCUUCGCGGAGACCCACUACCCUGACAUCUACACCAGGGAAGAGCUGGCCCUCAAAAUAGACCUCACAGAAGCCAGGGUGCAGGUCUGGUUCCAGAACCGCCGUGCCAAAUUUCGCAAGCAGGAGCGGGCGGCCAACGCCAAGGGCCAGAAUGGCAGCAACAGCGGCCCCUCGGCCAGCAAGAAGCCUGACCCCCGCUCCUCUUCGGAGGACGACGAGUCCAAGGAGUCCAACUGCAGCCCCACCCCGGACAGCACCGCCUCCCUGCCCAUCGCGGGCAGCCUGAACAGUCCCGGCAGCAGCCUGAGCCCCAGCCCGGGCACGGGGCAGCAAGGGCUGGGGCCUGGCCACGCCACCCAAGCCCUCAAGGCGCCCCUGUGGGCUGGGGUGAGCACCAGCAACGGGCCCACCAACACGGCCGACCUCCUGAAGGCCUGGCAGCCGGCCGAAACCAUGUCAGGCCCCUUCUCUGGGGUCCUCUCCUCCUUCCACCGGAAGCCCAACCCCCUUAAGGCCAAUCUCUUCUAACCGCCUCGGACUGAGCGCCACCAGCCUCCUCUGCUGGGUGCCCCACAGAAUAGCUUCCCUUCCACCCUCCUCCGCUCCUCCUGUAGCUGCUAGUUUUCGUCCUGCGGGGCGGGGCCCGGCUCAACCUUAAGGGAACAACAGCCAUCAUCUCGCCGUGUCCGGGCAACCACGAAUUCAUCUCACUGGGCUGGAUGGAGUCCUCUUCUCCCAGGCUGCGAAUGGCAGGUCUCGCCAGUCACCCGGCCUGCUCAAGGCAUCGCCCGUUUCCCAACUCUGUCUGGAAAAACAAAGUCUUGCUUGCAUCAGGGAACAUCUGCGCAGCCACUCCAGAUGUUGCUGUACUACAAAUCCCAUCAUCCUAGCUGCUGGGAGUUGCAGUCCAGCAAGCAUCGGUCUGAAGGGACACAGCUGCUCCCAGCCCUGGUCUCCAACCUUGGCUGGUUUCUGUGCGAGAGAUUUUGUCCUCAAGAGAGGAGGAUUUGUUUCCUUUUCCUGAUGUCAAGUGAUUCUGAGCGAGGAGUCCCUCCUGACCCCAGCUUCUUUCACGAAGGGUCUCGCCAGCCAGCAGCCACUGAUGACGAUGUGGAAUCUAAGAGCAUAAGGGCUUUGUUACAGUGGUUUUGCCCGUGCUACACCGUCUCCGCAGAAAAUCAAGUUUGGCCAAGUGGAAAUCAGUGAGCAAAGGAGGGAAUAAGCAGAAAGGAACCCCAUUUAUGUCAUUUCCAGAGGGGGGGAUCAGGUAAGCAGCAAGUGAUGGGGGAGGCGAGCUCUGCUUCCUUUUCAUGAAGACACCAGGAAUUUUGGGCUGGAGUCGAGAGACUGAGUAGAAAUGUGGGGAACACUGGACCACCCCACACAAGCUGGAGGGCUGAUCUCCCCCCUGCCCUGCAGAAUUUCCAGGCGUCUUUAUUUACCUCUUUCUGAGACUUCGGAGCUUCCUUUUGGCUUUUGGAUACUCGGCUGCCUUUGCAGCUCAGGUAGGAACUCCUCGCUGCAGGAAGAUGGAGAUGGAAUUUGUAAAUUGUUUGCACCCCCCGGUACUUUUCGGACCUGACCUUUCUCCCAAACGGGAGGCCAGUUUUGCGAGCCAUCCGGUCACCCCCCCAGCCUGCUGCCUCUGGAAUAAGGGACGGCACUUUGGUUGAGCAGCCCAACUGGAGAGAGAAAGAGAAAUCUGGGGAUAUUUGGCAGACCAGGGUUGCAGGCUGGCCGUAUGGUCUCCUUGAUGGCCAGACUCCCCCAAACCAUUCCCUAUUGCAAGGUGGGGGACAGACCUGACGCUGUCUGGUGAAAAGGGGGCAAGUCUCUUUGGGGCAACGUGUAUCCCUUUCCUGACGCCGCUUCCUUUGCUUGCUUGCUAUUGGUGAGAAUUAGUGGAUCUCCGUCAGAUCCCGAAGGAAGACGGAUGAGCUCUUUAUGCUGGAAUUUCCAGUGUCCCUCCGCAAUCUUCAACCCACGCAAACCAUGCUCAGAGGGGCCUAGGCAGAAGCAGUCGCCCAGCGCUCGUAGAACCUCUUUGCCCAGGGACCUUUGGGCCUGACAAUUCGCCUUGCUUUAGCCAUAAGGAUCGAGGGAGGUUGCCCAGGGCAGGUGGUGAGAUGCCAGUCUGUUCGCGUUGGCAAAUCCACCCACAGAAAGUGUAUUCCACGGACUAUGUAGAUAAGACUGUGCCUCCGGGCUUCUAAGAGACACCUGUCCAUAUGCACACAGCCUCUCAAGUAGCUUUCGAUGUCGAGAAGGUCUUUUGUCCUCCUGAUCUCACCCUGCAUUCCCUGGCUGUGUGCAGAUUGUCGUUUUCAAAAAGAGCAAAACAAGCAAGAUCAACGCCAUGGGCGCCUUCCUCGUCCUUCCGGCCCCAUUUAAAUGGCAGUGACCCAGCCCCACCUGCUUCCCCACAUCUCGCAAGUGGAAUUGACUAGUCCGCAAGCAGCUUCCGGACCAGUCAAUUUCCCUCUGGAGAAAGGAAUCUUGGGGGGGGGUUGGUUGGCAGGAACUGGAUUGAUGAGGCAGAUACAGUGCAGCAUUGGUUUAGGUUAUCCCCACCCGCUAUUGCAAAGGGCUGCUUGCGCAGACGAGUAAAUCAGCAGUCGGAUGAAGUUGCCUUAAAUCAAUCUUCCCCCAACCUGGUGCCACUUCCUGGAGUUUGGGACUACAACUCCCAUCAGCCCGACUUUUACAGCCGUGCUCAC